AGUGUUCCCCCGAAAGUGUAAGUAGUAUCUGGUUGAUCUCCCCACUUAUAUAUAUUUCCUAUCUCUCAGGUGCUACAUUUUAUUCGUUACUCUUUAUACCUUUGUACAUUCUCCUUUUAAUUAGCACUCGUUCAGUAGUGAUUUUUAAGUGUACCGGCAUCUACGUACGCAAACUUAAUGUGUUUAAAUCAAAAUUUCGGACGUUCUUGAAAAGUUUUGGAACUUUAAAUAACGAACUGAGUGCGAAAUGACCGAGGAGAAAGAAAAAUAUCCUUCAACCUUCACCAUCGACAACUUCAGUUCAACAACUAAAUUGGAAAGCAACGAGGUCAAGGUACCAGUUGGCAGUAAAGAAACUCUCAAUGACUAUAACCCAUUUGACCAUCGACAAUUGGAGCAUCCGAAUUCAACAUUCGGGGCUUUAGCUCAUCUUUUAAAGAGUUCGUUGGGUACAGGUAUUUUGGCUAUGCCAAACGCCUUCAAAAAUGGUGGUCUUCUUUUUGGUUUUAUUGGAACCCUUCUUGUAGGAAUCGUCUGUACCCACUGCGUUCACAUAUUGGUUAAGGCAUCGCAUAAAAUAUGUAGGAAGGCGAAGACUCCAUCGUUUGGAUUCUCGGAAACUGCCGAAGCAGUUUUCGAAUAUGGUCCGGAAAAUCUGAAAAGAUUUGCACCAGCUGCCAGGGUGACAGUAGACAUUGCAUUAGUGGUGACAUAUUACAUGGGAAUAUGUGUGUAUGUCGUUUUCGUAUCAGGAUCUAUCCAACAACUAGUUGAUUAUUAUUACCCCGAUUUAAAUUGGAGCGUGCAGAUGUACAUGGUAAUCAUCCUACCCCUACUGAUAUUGAUUUGCCAAGUGAGAGAAUUGAAAUACUUGGUGCCCUUUUCCAUGCUUGCCAAUAUCUUCUUGGUUAUUUCAUUCGCCAUCACGUUGUACUAUAUGUUCAACGGUUCCUUUACAAUGGAAGGCAAAAAUCUUAUGGCUCCUAUUUCGCGAAUUCCGCUCUUCCUUAGCACCGUCGUUUUCGCUAUGGAGGGAAUUGGUCUGGUUAUGCCGGUCGAAAACAACAUGAAAAAACCCCAUCAUUUCUUGGGAUGUCCCGGUGUGUUAAAUACUGCCAUGGCUACUGUCGUUGUCCUCUAUGGCGUCAUUGGAUUCUUCGGAUACUUGAAGUAUGGAGAAGCAACAGAAGGCAGCAUCACAUACAACUUACCAGUUGAUGAAAUACUUGCCCAAGUGGUAAAAUGUUUAGUGGCGUUAGCCAUCUUUUUCACCUACAGUCUUCAGUUCUACGUUGCUUACUCGAUAACUUGGGGAAUAACAGGCAAACAUAUUUCAACGAAAUUUCAUAAUUUAACUCAAAUUGUACUAAGAACUCUCUUAGUUUCUAUGACAGUUGGUGUAGCUGCAUUAGUGCCGGACUUAGAACCAAUCAUUGGCUUAGUCGGAUCCAUUUGCCUUUCCAUGCUUGGAAUAUUCAUCCCAGCUGUUGUUGACACUGUCAUUUCCUGGGAAGGUGAGCUUGGAACGCUAAAAUGGAAACUUUGGAAGAACAUAGCUCUCAUGCUUUUUGCCUUAUUUGCGCUCAUAUCGGGUUCAUACGAAAGUAUAUUGGGACUGAUGAAGUGAAAAACUUAUAAUAAAACAGAAAAGACAGUAAUGGCUCCUUCUACUGUGUAAAAGAGACAAAAAAGACUC